UGCUCAUCCAGACACACACUUAUUGACACACACACACACCGACCAUACAGUCCUGCUCAUCCCGACACACACUUAUUGACACACACACACACACUGACCAUAGAGUGCACGUGUUUGCUGGCCAUCAUCAUCAUCUUCCAUCGGGACUUUGUAGCGGCGACAUGGCCGGGCUGCUUUGUGGAACCAAGAGAAAGAAAGCAGUGAGUGAUCUCCAACAGGAAGGCAAGAAUGCCAUCAACGCUCCCAUGCUUCCGUCUGGGACUGACAUCCAUCCUGAGGACACCCUGCUGGAGGAGAACGCAGAGAGGAUCAUGCUGGACCCCACGUCACGGGACAACCCCAAAUUUAAAGAUCUACUCAAGGUUCUCAUCGACUGGAUCAACAGUGAACUGGAGGAGGACAGGAUCAUCGUCAAAGACCUGGAGGAGGAUUGCUAUGAUGGACAAGUGCUGCAGAAGUUAUUUGAGAAGUUGUCAGGCAAAAAGCUGAACGUGGCCGAGGUGACUCAGUCUGAGAUCGGCCAGAAGCAGAAGCUCCAGACGGUUCUGGAGGCGGUCAACCUGCUCCUGAGACCCCACGGCUGGUCUGUGGAGUGGAGCGUGGACUCCAUCCACUCCAAGAACCUGGUGGCCAUCGUCUACCUGCUGGUGGCUCUGGCCAUGCACUUCCAGGCCGCCAUCAGGCUGCCCGAGCACGUCUCCGUCAAGGUGGUGGUGGUCAAGAAGCGUGAGGGCGUCCUGCAGAGCGCUCUGGUCCACAAGGAAGUGACCAGCACCACCGAGAUGAUGAUGGGGAGGUUUGAAAGAGAUGCUUUCGACACGCUGCUGGAUCACGCGCCUGACAAGCUCAAUGUGGUGAAAACGUCCCUCAUCACCUUUGUCAACAAGCACCUGAACAAGUUGAACCUGGAGGUGACUGAGCUGGAAUCUCAGUUUGCAGACGGAGUUUACCUCAUCUUGUUGAUGGGGCUGCUGGAGGACUACUUUGUGCCUCUCUACAACUUCUUCCUCACCCCAGAAAGCUUCGACCAGAAGGUGCACAAUGUGGCGUUUGCUUUUGAGUUGAUGCAGGACGGCGGGCUGAAAAAACCCAAAGCCAGACCAGAAGAUGUGGUCAACCUGAACCUGAAGUCCACCCUUAGAGUCCUCUACAACCUUUUCACCAACUACAAGAACUCUGACUGACACCGUCUGUAAGAAGUGACAAACAGCUGCGUCGGCGUCCAAGCGAGACUCUUAAACUAAUGUUAUGUACAAGUUGAAGAUAAACUAAUGUUAUGUACAAGUUGAAGAUAAACUAAUGUAAACCCCGUUUCCAUAUGAGUUGGGAAAUUGUGUUAGAUGUAAAUAUAAACGGAAUACAAUGAUUUGCAAAUCAUUUCUAACCCAUAUUCAGUUGAAUAUGCUACAAAGACUACAUAUUUGAUGUUCAAACUCAUAAACAUUUUUUUUUUUUGUAAAUAAUCAUUAACUUUAGAAUUUGAUGGCAGCAACACGUGACAAAGAAGUUGGGAAAGGUGGCAAUAAAUACUGGUAAAGUUGAGGAAUGCUCAUCAAAGACUUAUUUGGAACAUCCCACAGGUGAACAGGCAAAUUGGGAACAGGUGGGUGCCAUGAUUGGGUAUAAAAACAGCUUCCCAAAAAAUGCUCAGUCAUUCACAAGAAAGGAUGGUGCGAGGUACACCACUUUGUCCACAACUGCGUGAGCAAAUAGUCAAACAGUUUAAGAACAAUAUUUCUCAAAGUGCAAUUGCAAGAAAUUUAGGGAUUUCAACAUCUAGGGUCCAUAAUAUCAUCAAAAGGUUCAGAGAAUCUGGAGAAAUCACUGCACGUAAGCGGCAUGGCCGGAAACCAACAUUGAAUGAGCGUGACCUUCCAUCCCUCAGACGGCACUGUAUCAACUAGCGACAUCAGUGUGUAAAUGAUAUCACCACAUGGGCUCAGGAACACUUCAGAAAACCACUGUCACUAAAUACAGUUGGUCGCUACAUCUGUAAGUGCAAGUUAAAGCUCUACUAUGCAAAGCCAAAGCCAUUUAUCAACAACACCCAGAAACGCUGUCGGCUUCUCUGGGCCUGAGGUCAUCUAAGAUGGACUCAUGCAAAGUGGAAAAGUGUUCUGUGGUCUGACGAGUCCACAUUUCAAAUUGUUUUUGGAAAUAUUCCACAUCGUGUCAUCCGGACCAAAGGGGAAGCGAACCAUCCAGACUGUUAUCAACGCAAAGUUCAAAAGCCAGCAUGUGUGAUGGUAUGGGGGUGCAUUAGUGGCCAAGACAUGGGUAACUUACACAUCUGUGAAGGCACCAUUAAUGCUGAAAGGUACAUACAGCUUUUGGAACAACAUAUGCUGCCAUCUAAGCGCCGUCUUUUUCAUGGACGCCCCUGCUUAUUUCAGCAAGACAAUGCCAAGCCACAUUCAGCACGUGUUACAACAGCGUGGUUUCGUAAGAAAAGAGUGCGGGUACUUUCCUGGCCCGCCUGCAGUCCAGACCUGUCUCCCAUUGAAAAUGUGUGGCGCAUUAUGAAGCCUAAAAUACCACAGCGGAGAUCCCGGACUGUUGAACGACUGAAGCUCUACAUAAAACAAGAAUGGGAAAGAAUUCCACUUUCAAAGCUUCAACAAUUAGUUUCCUCAAUUCCCAAUCGUUUAUUGAGUGUUGUUAAAAGGAAAGGCCAUGUAACACAGUGGUGAACAUGCCCUUUCCCAACUACUUUGGCACGUGUUGCAGCCAUGAAAUUCUAAGUUAAUUAUUUGCAAAAAAAAUAAAGUUUAUGAGUUUGAACAUCAAAUAUGUUGUCUUUGUAGUGCAUUCAAUU